AUGCACGCCCUAUCCAUCGCCACCUUUGUCCUUCUUUCUGCCGCUGUCACAGCUCCUGCUGUUGGCUAUGUUGUUCCCCGUAAAGAAACACCUUCCACCUAUGCUGUUGGUUACCUAGAGGACUACCAAACAUAUCAUACCAGGUAUCUCGCCAUCGGAUGCCAGUACCAACAUAAUAACGCGACUUUCUUCAACGCGUGCUGCCAUCCAAUGCUUGCAACAGAAACUCUUGAGACUGCUCGUCCAUCUUACUGCAUUCCCUCGACUUCUGCUUCCGCUUCUGCAAGCGCCGCAGAGGCGACAUCCACGGCGACAACUCCUGCUGAUGGAGACAACGGCAAUGACAACGACGACGAUGAUUCCGAUGACUGUGAUGAUGGCGAUGAUGACGACUCAACUUCUACCUCUGUUGUUUCAACGGCCACUCUCUCCUCUACGAGUGAAGCUUUCUCGCCAACGUCCUCAUCCGCUUUUUCUGAGCCCACCACUUCUUCGGAAUCUUCUUCCACUCCCACUCCUACCUCAACUCAGGAGACCCCUACAACUUCGUCUUCCAGUGCUGAGGCGACUCCCACCGGAUCUGUUGAUUCCUCGACCGGCUCCUCCGAGGUUUUCACCGGCGGACAUGCCACAUAUUUCACUCAGAACGGCGUGGCUGGUGCCUGUGGUACUGUACACUCGGAUAAUGAUUUCAUUGUAGGUUAUCAAGAUCGUUAUGGCGACUCUGGUGAAACGUCCCAGUAUUGUGGCAAGACGGUCACCAUCACCGGCUUGGGAAAGACCAUGCAAGCUACGGUUGCCGAUGACUGUCCUACUUGUGACAACGAAAACUCCCUCGACAUGUCAGUCGCCCUUUUCCAGUCAUUCACUAGCUUGGAUGUGGGUGAAUUCGAUAUCUCUUGGUCAUUCGACUAA